AUGUCUCCUGAGCCAAAAGAGCUCAAAAAGCUACAGCCGGUGACCCGACAAGCAGGCACCAAAGGCUCACAUGGCUCGCGCAAGAUAAAUAAGCACUGGGCAUGGGCUCGAAAAGUCAGGGUCAGCGCCAUCCAGAGGAAAGUGGCAUAUUUGGCCUUGAAAGCCAGGUGGAAGUGGAACGAGGUGGAGAAGAUUUGCCAGCGCCUCACAGAGGAGUGGAAGCAGCCUCCGUUGCUUGCAUUGCUGCUACCCACUGCCGCUUCCGAUGAAGCCUUAAUGGCCUUGGACUCACUGUCAGAACGCGGAGUUUUGAUUGAGGCUUUUGCAGAGACCCUGUACUGUGGCCAAGAGGUGUGCUUGUGGAUCUUGAGGUGGGCUGGUGAAAAUCCAACAAACGAUCCGCCUGCGAUUACUUUGGAGCUCUUCGCAUCGAUGGUGACAGCGGCAACAGCCAAGCUUCAUCCUCCAGAUUCUGGCCCUUUCCUAUGGCCGUUGCAUGACAAGGACAUCGCCUCUGCCAUCGCCCUGUGUGAGUAUGCGGGGAAUGAUGCGCCUUGGUGGAGGAAGGUCUUGUGGGCAUUGAGAAUAAUUCAGCCUCCAGGCGGAACCGUUCUGGAAGAAUGCUUGCUCGAUCACUAUGGACGCGAGGUAGGCUAUGUCUUCGCCUGGACAAAUGUUUUCGCUCGCAGCCUUUGGGUUCUCACGGCCGUGUGCUUGGCAUUUUGGAUCUGCGGAGCCCGCCCGCAGAUGGGCGGAUAUGAAGGAGUUCUGUGGUAUAUCUUGCAAUUCUUGAUUCUUUGCUGGGCAAUAUGCUUGAGUGCAGUUGCUGGCUCUCGCCGAUCAGUGUUGAGGAGCGGAGGAAUUCAUGGGAACGCUACAAACCGAGUCGUGGGCUGCACGCCAGACAGCAACAUGCCAGCGACGAACGAAGCUCCAGAGAGCAACAUGCCAGCGACAAACGAAGCUAGCAGCUCUGUGCCGGCGCAAGCGUUGGCCGAAGAGGGUAACUAUGAUGGCCGGGUGGCCGAUGAACAAUCACAGACGCAGCCUUUCCAACCGUCACGGGCACGAACGAGCCCCUUAGAAGACAUCAGUGGCCAUGCCAUUGAUAGCAGCUUGCACCUCCGCAAAGUGUCCAAGACCAUGCAUGAUCUCAGUGAUCGUAGUUCCACGAAGGAUAUGCAUUCGCCAGCUCGCUUGCUGGAAGGCGUAGAAGAGGUUCCACAAGAGAAGCGGCGGGAGAUGGGGGAGAAGCUGCAGCGUGCUCUUCUGAAGGCCAAGUUCAUUGGUUGGGAGUCGAAACAGAUGGCCGUUCGGCGACAUAAUCCAGACUAUACCCAACGAAGGUGGCCCAAAGCCUGGGCUGUCUUCUCCGGCUUUGUUACAGUUGUUGUGAUGUUCGCCUUCUUGGCGGCUGCCUUCAUAGUGCUGGCAUUCUUCUUGAACAUGAAGUCGCACCUGAUAUAUGAUUGGGGCGAUUGCUUGAGGGAAAAUUGCAACAAUCCUUUGCACAAGCACGGCAUCAAAGGACUUCUCGCAGACAUAUCCGUCGACAUUUCGCUAGCAUUGCUUUUCGUGGUUUUGUUGGGCGAGGCUUGCAAAGCCGUGGCUGCGGCACUUGCGAAGCUCUGGAACUUCAAGUACAUGCGACGACGUCAGUACGUGCAAGCGAUGCUUUCCCUGUUCAUCGAAGUUCUUGCCAAGGUUGGAGUCUUCUCACUGUUGGCCUUUAUCUUUCUUCCUAGUUGGCAUCCAGAUCCUGUGUCGACGGAAUUGCCAGAUGCAAGGGAGGCCUGCAAGGACUUUCCCGAUUAUCAGAUUUGCGCCAGCAUGACUGGUUGCGAUUCAAGAGAUGACCCGUUGUGCUGCAGCGGUACCCUGCUGUGUGCCAAAUCCUUCCUAAGCUUUGACAACCGGCGCCUCCUGUUCGAGCAAUGGCUCUUGGGUCCAUUCAUCGUUUGUCCAUUUGUCGACAUGAUCCCGGCAGUGCUUGCACCUCUGAUCGCUAAGCGACUAAACAACUGGGCCGACCAACAGGACAAGUCACAGGAACGUCGAAGCGGCAUCUGCGGACGCAUACGCAGAUGUUUGGCGCGAUGGUGUUGUCUCUGCUGUGGUGUGCCACUCACACGACUGCUGUCUCUCAUCUUCGUACUGGAUGCUGAAGUGACUGGACUACGCUAUUUAUGCUGCGGCCGCACAUUUGCCACAACAGAGCUGGACGUGUCAGAUGCUGACGACGAUUGCUGUGAGCGAUGCCUGGACGGACCGUUGGAACAAGUCGUCUUGCGGGAGUUCGAUGCGCUUGAUGAGCUAAAGGACAUCAAGCUGAACUUCCUUUUUGUAGCGCUUUUCGCACCAGUGCUGCCAUGGGGUAUCAUCCCGACACUGUUGGCAAGACUUCUAGAAGUGCGUUGCAAAAUCCCGAAGCUCUUCCUGGUGCGGCGGCGGAGCUUUCCUCGCGACGCACAACUGCUGCAUAGCACGCAGGAAAGCUUCACUGACGUGGUCACAUCAUUUGCUGUGUUUUGGUAUCUGGGGCUAUCACUGGUCACGUACAACACUGAACUGUACGCCUGGAGCGAAGUGGAGCUUCUGCUGAUCUGGCUUGGCUUGGGCUUUGCUGGAUCGGUACUGGUCAGCUUGGCCGUUCGAUUCCUUCAGAAGUAUGUUGAGAAGCGUGCAAGCGCUGCUGGCUAG